AUGGGUUUCACCAUCAAACAAAAGAUUGAAAUAUGCCUCAAAGCAGAAUCAAAUCCCCAAAUGAAACAGUCUGAUCUUGCAACCUGGGCCAUGCAUGAAUACGGAGUGGAAAAGCCACCGUCUCAAACUACAAUUUCACGAAUAUUGAGCUCAAAGAAUGAUCUUAUCGCGUCAAAGGAAGACGAAUUCAAGCUAGUGCGUCGAAGAAAGCAAACCAACCCCUUGUUGCGUAAGAUCUUGACCGAGUGGAUUACCCAAGCAACAUGGGAAGGCAUUCCGAUAACGACCCCUAUUAUACAACUGACAGCACACGCUAUAUGGACAAGAUUAUCCAAACUGGAGAAAACUGGAAAUGGAGUGUUUAAUCACAAGUGGUGUGCCCAUUUUAUGAAAAAGUUAAAUAUAAACAUAACAGGGAAUGAAGAAGACAUACAAAAAAAUGCUGGCUAUAAAUUAAACAAGGUUUGGAUGUUGGACGAAAAAGUGGAGUUGAAAAAGUACUUGAGCGACAUGAUUCAACAAAAUGAUUACUCACCUCAAGAUAUAUUUGUUAUUGAUGAGUUUCAAUUGUUUUACUCGCUUCCUUUGGAUCAGAUUUUUGACGUUAGCUCAGUUGAUAAAGGGUUACAACAAUCGCAUACAUCGAAUGAAUAUUCACUCACUGCUUUAUUAGGAUGUAACAUCGACGGCCUGGAAAAACUAUCACCGUUGAUUGUUGGAAAAUACGACAAAUUUGACGUUUCAAAAAGCUCGUUUGCUAGUUUACAAGCAGUACAUAGUGAUGUCACCUCUCAACACAAUUUGAUGAACAAGAUUACGCAAUUGUAUAAUAUAACUUACAAGGCAAACACCAACAAGUGGGUUACUUCACUGAUGUUUCAAAAUUACAUAUUAUCAAUUGAUCACAAGAUUCACAGCUUGACUCCACAAAGAAAAAUUUUGAUUAUUCUAGAUGAUUGUUCAAGUCAUCGAUUGAUCAACAUCAAAUUUGAGAAUAUUAAGCUUGUGUAUUUGAAGAAUGAAACGUGCCAUAAAAACUUAUACAACACUUCAUAUGGCUCUGUCAAGUUUGACUAUUUGCCGAUGAAUUUUGGUAUUAUAGAGGAGUUCAAGGUACUUUAUCGCAUUCAGCAGUAUACUGCGAUGAUUAAAUUGCAACAUCACAAGUCAGUGGUAGCCAAGUCGCAUCGAAAGUCAUGCUCCACUGCUUCUUCCUUGGGUUACAAUUAUAAUAUUACCAAUACAUCCCCUGCACUCGAAGUAUUGGCGGAACAAGACUAUCACAUUCCCAUGAUUCAAGUCAUUGAAUGGGUAACUAAAGCGUGGUCUAUGGUGUCACCUGAACGUAUAUUUCGAUCAUGGAAAAAGACUAGAUUGUUGCCCAUGAACCCUGACCAAGAUUGGGCCAGUUCAAAGACCAGAGAUGUGGCAAAAGGAAUUUUCAGGAACUUCAAUAAACAGCUCCUUUAUUUUGAUGAGACAAGGAGUAUUAAGCAGUUGGAAAAGAUUAUGAGCCAAUUAAACGUGGUUAUACCUUGGGAACUUGAGGAGUUAGUAGGGUUGGUCAACGAACGAGGGAAAAUCACCUUGAGUUAUGCCUCAAUUGAGGAGAUUAUUGGUAGUUGCUUACUGGAGUCAGUUGAAGAUGAGGGACAAACCGAUGACGAGGAAAAUCGUGACAUUGAUUCGGACAAUGGUGAAGCAGAGUUAAAUGAAAGUGGUGCAUCGCGAUGGUCUAUAAGUGAAAACGAUCUCAAAGACGCUAGUAAUAUUCUAUUCAACAAAGCCAUUUCUAGUGAUGCUGAUACUAGCAAUGCCAUGAUGAAAGUGGACUCCACUACAAUGAGAGCAAAUUAUGACCCAAAAGCUCCUUUGGACUCGAGCAAUGCAUUUAAUCAAGACGCUAAUGGCGUCACGACAAAUAAUCCCCAUGCACCUAGCUUUCCAUUUGAGACGCUGGGUAAUGAGAAACACAAGUUGGAUCCACUAGAAAGCUGGAACAGAAAGAGGCAAACACCGCUUGUCGUGCCUACACAUUCACAACAUCACAGUAAUAUCGACCCACUUUUUGAAAAUGGACUCAUAAAUAGUCCCAACAUAAACCUAUAUGAUAAUCAAAAUGAACAACAACAACCAUCACAGGCACAAGCUUUUACUUCGAGCUCCCAAGUGGAUAAUGAUAUAGUGCAAUCGAUAUUGAAACUAACAAACUAUUCGUCACUCAAUUCGAUAAACUUGUCGCAAUCCACCAUUGAUGAUCUCAAUUAUAACUUGAAAAUCAUACAAUCCAGAUCAGGUCAAAACUAA